AUGUUUUCCUCGGGCUCGGGCGAUUCCAAAGGGCGGCAGACAUCAGGCGGCAAGUCGUUCUUCUCGCGCCGGCACCACAAGGACAAGCACAACGAACACGUGCCCGACAGUCCCUCGCUGCCCCCGAACUGGGCGCAAGGCUCUCUACCACCUGUGCCCCCUCCGCACCAGCAACAGCAUCAGCAUCAGUAUCACCAGCAUCCCCCCUCGUCGUCGCAUUCGCACUCUUCGCGUCAAUCCAUCGACCAUGGCGGCGGCCUCAUGACGGCCAUUCCCUACGACAGUGUACAGCGAGAUACCAGGUCUCCAGUACGUGUCGAUUACCUACCACAAGAGAACAACUCGCUCCCUCCCCCGCCGCGGCCGCCGCAACAUACAUCGCAGUACUCGUUGGCCAGCACCGGUCGCACGAGCUCCUAUGAGAACUCAAUACACUCGCAAUAUGACCAAUACCCUGCCUCGGAUAGAGCCAGCGUGCGCUCUAGUCACAGCCAUCGCACCUCGAUAUCCAUGCAUCCACAGCACUCGCCGUCCUCGUUUCCCAACAUGUCGCUCGACUCGACUACCCUCCUUCCUCAACUUGCUCCCUCAUCCACUCGUGGAUCCCAGCAGAAUGGCUUCCUUAGUGCCAAUCAGCCUUCUGCUUUCAGCUCAACUGCAUCAUUCACCCCCGACGGCUUCAACCUUCAGCGACCGGCCGAUGACCGCAUCAUCGAGAAAGAGUUUUUGGAACUUAUGCACAAGCGUGGUUGGAAGAGUUUGCCCGAACAGGCCAGGAGACAGAUGGAAGCAUACCCCAUAAACAAGAAAUGGACCUUGGUUCAUCAGGACAGAUUGGCCGAAUGGCAGGGAGAACAAAAGAGACGUCAGCACGCAAGGACUACAAUCAACGCGGACUCGAAUCUGGGUAUACUUGGUCGAGCCGACGAAGAAGGAAGCCCUGAAUGGUAUGUCCGCAAAGUUCUCGACAACUCAAUCAGCGCGAAGCAGUUGCAGAGUUUGGCUGUCAGUCUGCGUACACAGCCUAUUGGAUGGGUCAAGGCUUUUGUAGAGGCACAGGGUCAAGUCGCUCUGGCAAAUGUGCUGGGCAAGUACAAUCGCAAGCAGACCACAGGCCCAACAAAUCCAACUGUUAAUGACAGAGACCUGGAUCGCGAGUACGACAUUGUCAAAUGCCUAAAGGCUCUAAUGAACAACAAGUACGGUGCGGAUGAUGCUCUGGAGCACGCCCCCAUCGUCAACGCUCUCGGUGCAUCUCUCAUUUCUCCCCGACUUAAUACCAGAAAACUGGUCAGCGAAGUCCUUACUUUCUUGUGCCACUGGGCAGAAGGACGCGGUCAUCAGAAGGUUCUCCAAGCUCUGGACUCACUCAAGUCGUCUCAAGGUGAAAAUGGACGAUUUGAUGCCUGGAUGCGCAUCGUUGAGGUCACUGUUGAUGGCAGAGGCAAGAUGGGCAGUCUGGUCGGAGCCAGCGACGAAGUCCGAAGUGGUGGCAUUGGUAUGGAGAACCUGCUCAUGGAAUACGCUGUCGCAUCUCUGUUCCUCGUCAACAUGAUUGUGGAUGCACCGGACAGGGAUUUGCAUCUUCGUUGUCAUAUCCGUGCACAGUUCACAGCAUGUGGCAUCAAACGAAUUCUCAACAAGAUGGAGCAAUUCCAGUACGAUAUCAUCGACAAGCAAGUUGAAAGAUACCGGGCGAACGAGAUCAUCGACUAUGAAGACUUGCUCGAAAAAGAGAAUCAAGUUGAUGGUCAAGAGCCGGAACCUCAGGACCUCAGCGACCCUGUGCAGAUUGUGCAAGCGAUCAUGUCCAAGGUGAAUGGGAGUCACUCAGCGGAUUACUUUGUGUCUUCUCUGCAGCAUCUCCUGCUUAUUAGAGAUAACGAGGCCGAGGACAGGCUUCGUAUGUUCCAGCUUGUAGAUGCUAUGCUGAGUUACGUGGCCAUGGACAGACGAUUGCCUGAUAUGGAUCUCAAGCAAAGUCUCAACUUCACCGUCCAGAGUUUGAUGGACAAGCUGUACACAGACUCUGAAGCUCGUCAAGCCAGAGAUGAAGCCUUGGAAGCUCGUCAGAUCGCAGAGUCGGCACUUGCAGAGCGUGAUGAGUUGAGAGCCCAACUCGAGCUUGGUGCAGAUGGUCUGGUAAAGAAGCUGACACGCCAGCUCGAGGAGAGAGACUCCGUCAUCCAGAUCCAGCAACGCCAAAUCGAUGGUCUCAGAGCUGAACUUGCAGAAGUUCAACGUGUGAGAGCCUUGGAAUUGCAACGCAAUGAGCUGGAGACUAGAGAGCUAUAUCUUAUGUUGCGCGAUGCCCAAGAUAUUGCUGCUUCAUCGGCAAAGAGUGGCAACAAAAAUGGCACUGCUACUGAUCCUGCUCAGAUGCAAGGUAUUCUGGAUCGCGAGAGACUCAUGGACCGUCUGGAGAUGCAACUUGAAAGAGCGAAGACACAGGCGAAACUCGAAGGCAAAGUUUGGCAACAAGUCGAUCCUUCGGAUAAGCUCCGAGAAUUGCGUGAGAAGAUGGACGGCGUCAGUGGACCGACUGGCGCCAUUCCUGACAGUCUGCCCGAUGGCUACAUUGGAAGUGUGUCCAGGGGACAGAGAGGCGGUAUUGCUCGCAAGCCACUUCCUAGUCAAUCUCAGCAAGAUGGCGACGAGUCGCUGGAUGAGGACGACGAAGAUGCAAUCGUCUUUGAGAAACCUCGUAUCGUUGAGAUGAAGCGCCCCAAAAUCAGCUCCGCUCACGCCCAGGCUGGUUACCUCAACGACAUUGUCAAGAAGGUCCGCCGUAUUGAUGCGAGCGACGACGAAGAGGACGACACGACUACUGGCCCUUCACACUCCAGAAACACCUCCACCCAGUCCCGACAUGUAUCCUCGCAGUCCAGACAUGUCUCCUCACACUCAAGAGACGGCUCUGCUCAGCAUGUCAGGAAUCCCUCUGCUCAGUUCAAGGCCGACAGCGAAGUCAAGUCAGAUAGCUCAAUGCCUCCACCACCUCCGCCCAUGUCGGGCUUUAAUGGAGCUUCUGCUCCACCACCACCUCCUAUGCCAGGUUUCAAUGGUGCUGCUCCACCUCCACCUCCGAUGAUGCCGGGCUUCGAUGCCGCUGCUCCUCCCCUGCCACCCAUGAUGCCUGGCUUCAAUGCAUCCGCGCCUCCUCCCCCGCCGAUGAUGGCAGGGUUCAAUGGUUCAGCGCCGCCACCACCUCCAAUGAUGCCCGGAUUUAGUGGAUCUGCUCCUCCUCCGCCGCCUCCACCCCCAGGCAUGGCUGGAUUAUCGACUGGUGAUCCACCGCCGCCACCAAUGCCUGGUUUCUCCGGCCCACCACCUCCACCACCGCCAGGAAUGCCUGGCUUCUCUACCGGUGGUCCUCCACCACCUCCUCCUAUGCCUGGAUUCGGUGGUCCGCCCCCUCCCCCUCCGCCAGGCAUGCCAGGCAUGAGAGCUGGAGGACCGCCCCCACCACCUCCACCACCUGGAGCACCUCCCAUGCCCGGAGCAAGACGCGGAGGCUUCUUACCACAAGCUCAGUACGCAGUGUCUUCCAGCAUUGGUAUGGGUGUUGCACGGCCCAAGAAGAAGCUGAAGGCUUUGCAUUGGGAGAAGGUCGAUUCUUCCGAGUUCACCAUGUGGGCCUCACAUGCGCCCACACAUGAGGCAAAGGAAGAGAAAUACGCCGAGCUUAGCAAGAAGGGCAUUCUUGAUGAGAUUGAGCGUCUGUUCAUGGCCAAGGAGAUCAAGGCGAUCGGAAAGAAGGAGAAGAAGAGCGACAAGAAACAGAUCAUGCCUAGUAACCUGAUGCAGACAUUCCAGAUCUCAUUGGCAGUCUUCUCACAGCGUCCAUUGGAAGAUGUUGUACGUAUGGUCAUCCACUGCGACAAGGAUGUCUUGGAUAAUCCUGUCGUUAUGGAGUUCCUACAGAGAGAGGAUAUGUGUACCAUUCCCGACAACACGUCCAAGCUCAUGGCACCCUACAGCAGAGAUUGGACUGGACCGGAUGCCCUGAAGUCCGCUAGAGAGCAAGAUCCUUCAGAGCUUACCCGCGAAGAUCAAAUCUACCUUUACACCGCUUUCGAACUGCAUCACUACUGGAAGGCCAGAAUGAGAGCACUGGCCCUGACGAAGAGCUUCGAGCAGGAGUAUGACGAGGUUUCGGACAAGCUGAAGAUGGUUUGUAACGUCUCCGAGUCGCUUCGUGACUCUGUCCGCUUGAUGCCUGUCUUUGGUCUCAUUCUCGACAUUGGUAACUACAUGAACGACUCCAACAAGCAAGCCAUUGGAUUCAAGCUUAGUUCGCUCGCUCGUCUUGGUAUGGUCAAGGAUGAUAAGAACGAAUCCACCUUGAUGGAUUAUGUCGAGCGUGUUGUACGCAGACAAUAUCCACAGUGGGAAGGCUUCACCGAAGACAUUGGUGGUGUUGUCGUCGCUGCCAAGUUGAAUGUUGAUCAGCUCAUGGUCGAUGCGAAGAAGUACAUUGACAACAUCAAGAAUGUGCAAAUGUCUUUGGAUGCUGGUAACCUCAGCGACCCACGUAAGUUCCAUCCUGAGGACAGGGUCAGUCAAGUGGUUCAGAGGUCAAUGAAGGAGGCGAGAAGAAAAGCGGAGCAAAUGGAGCUGUACCUGGACGAGAUGAAGCGGACAUACAACGACAUUAUGACCUUUUUUGGCGACGACAAUCAAGACGAGUCGGCGAGGAGAGAGUUCUUCUCCAAGCUGGCCAAUUUCGUCAACGAGUAUAAGAAAUCGCACGAGAAGAACACUUCUCAGGAAGAGACACAACGUCGCAAUGAGGUCUCUAUGCGUCGCAAAGCGCAAGCCAGCCAAUCUGCCCUCGAGAAAGCCACUUCAGAUCCUGCCGGUCCUCCCUCGCCUGCUUCGCAAGGUGCCAUGGAUACAUUGUUGGAAAAGCUUCGCGCCGCCGCUCCUGCUACUAGAGAUACAAGAGAUCGCCGACGACGAGCCCGCCUCAAUGAACGCCAUCAACGCCGUGUAGCUUCUGGUCAGCAGAUGCCUGAGAUUGCUGGCGUCACAUCACCCACAGAUGAUGUCGCUCUGCUAUCUCCAUCCUCCGAAACCGCGCCCGAGCGUCCAUCGACAUCUGACAGCACGACACUAUCUCCUCAUGUCGAGGAGAACGACAAGGGUGCAAUUAGCGAAGGCGAAGAUGUGGCAGAUCGAGCGGCCACGCUUCUGCUCGGCCUCCGCGGCAGCACUGGCGAUAAUGACGAGCCACCUCUUCCACGCGAUAGCGAAAACCUUCGUGUUCGCCGACGUCGCGAUCACGCAGAUAGCGAACGCGAACGCCGUCGCCGAAGACGAGCACCGGGCACCAGCACCGCUUCCACCGACGGUCGUCCUCAAACUGGAAUCAGCGAUGCCAGUGCUGACCAUCACGACGAUGACACCAGAUCAGAAAUGGGCGACACUAGAUCAGAUGCCGGGAAUGGGGAUAUCGGUGAUGGCAUGAGAUUGGAGUUACAACUCAUGACCCCACUGGCGAGCCCCGCGUUGACGUCUCCACCCAUCACUAUUGUUAGUCCGCCUUCACCCACCACGACUGCAGAGAAGCGAGAUUUCAGCACACCACAUGGCAGUCCCAGGUUGUCCUAA